AUGGAGCCGCUGCCGCCUCCGACUUCGACGGCUCCGGCGAUUGGCGGCGAUGAUGGCGGCCAGGCGGCCAGGCCGGCUAAGCGCGGGCGACGAAGCAACCCCAAGGUCAAGACGGGAUGCUUGAACUGCAAACAACGGCGCAUCAAGUGCGAUGAAAAGCGUCCCUCUUGUUCGCAGUGCAUCCGCAGCAAGAAAGAGUGCAGCGGCUAUCCGGCGCCCAAUCGCGGACUCAGGACUGCCGUCGAUGUCCGCAUUGCCCCAAAGCCCCUGGCUCCCUCAUCGACUGGGCUCGCGCAACUGCAGCCUUCGCCAAGCAGCAUUGCGAGCGCUUCCACGUCCACCACCGCCAGCCUCUUGCUCACGGGCCAUACGAUCCUGCUGCCGCCUCGGCGUGCCAACCGUCGCAAGCGGCAGCCCAAGCUUGCCGCCUCCAAUGCCGCCGUGCCCCUGCCGUUUGUGUACGAGCCGUCUCACAACUUGGCCUUGAUGCACACCGAGAGUCUGUACUUCGACCUGUUCCGGGUCCAGACGGCUUCCGAGCUGUCCGGGUACUUUGACUCGACCUUUUGGACGCAGCGGGUGUUGCAGGAGUGCCACUUCGAACCGGCCAUUCGUCACGCCGUCGUCGCUCUCGGCGCUCUGUACAAGACUCUCGAGCAGUCUUGCGAACCCGACUUGCCGCCGCUCGCCGGUGCCAUGAGCCGCCUGGACUCGGUCAUGUGCCACUGGCAGGUGGCCAUCAGAAAGUACUCGGAAGCCUGCAAGGCCAUGAUGGAUCUCAGCGGCGACAAGCUGGCGACCAACAAGACCCGCCUGAUGGCCAGCGUCCUGCUGGCCUGCUUUGACUCCUUCAUCGGCGAUCAUCGCCAGGCCAUUGUCCAGAUCCAGACGGGAUUGCGGCUCCUGGCUCGGAUCCAAUAUGAUCGGACGCAAGCCCCGUCUUCCAACGAACGAGUGGAGGAGGAUCUGCUCGUCAUAUUCACGCGGUUAGCAAUCCAGGCCAAAUCCUACGACAUGGCCUUCCAUUUCCCCCAUCCAUACGUGAUCCAUCUGGGCCCCCAGAGCCUACAUGACCCAUCUUCUCCCCUCUCAGACUCCGGCUCGCCCCAGCCGUCCAGCCCCAUCCCCUAUCAGUUCUCAUCCCUACGGGAAGCUCGCCUGGCGUCAGAUCAGCUAUGCGAAAUGCUGCUGCGCUUCAUCGAACACCUGCAGCGCGCCAAGAAAGAGCCUUCGUACACCUUACCCCCAUCCUGGAGACAGCUCGGCGCCACGUUCCAGAGCCAAAUCGACUCGUGGUCGCAGGCCUUUGAGCCCAUCUUCCAGUCAAGGCUCACACAGCCCAACAUGAGCCUCCUCGAAAAGUCGGGCAUCGCCGCGCUCAAGAUGUUCAUGGUGAACACCAACGUCAUCUUCCUGACCAUCUUCUGCGACGCCGAGGUCCAGUUCGACGCCUUCCUCUCCCACUUCAAGGCCAUUGUCAGCCUAGGCUGGGAAGUCGUCGGCGACGACGAGAAGCGAGCGGCCACCGAGCGAUGCCCCGAUCCGCAGAGGUGCAGACAGCAGCACGGGCUGCUCCCCGGGGCCGGGCCGAGGGCGGCGGCGGCGGCAGGCUCGUCGUCGUUGUUCCCAACCCACAACAUCAAGCCCAGCUUCUCCGCAGACCUCGGCAUCGUGCCGCCGCUCUUCGUCGUGGCCACCAAGUGUCGCGAGCCGACGGUCCGGCGAGAGGCCAUCCAGCUGCUGAGGAGCAGCGCCCGGCGCGAGGGCAUGUGGGACAGCGAGUUGGCGGCCAACAUUGCCCAAUGGGUCAUGGAGAUUGAAGAGUCGGACAGCCCCUUUCCGGAGAUGCAGCAGCAACAGCAGCAGGCGCACGGUGGUGGUGCUGGCGCCUCAGCACAGGCCGUUGUUUUGCCCAGCCGGGCCAUCCCGGAGGAGAAGAGAGUCAUGGUGCAGUCGGUGGACUUUGACCUGCGAGCGAGAUUCGCCAAGCUCACGGUGGGAUCGCGAGAUUUGCGCCAGGGGAUGCUGGACCGACGACACAAGGCGACGCGAAUCACUUGGUGA